CGCGUCCUGUCUUCCCUCCCCCAGCUAUCCAGACCACAACCCAAAACGCAUUCGGCUAUUGGAUCCAUCCAUCUUUUUAUUUUAUUGGCAUUUUUGUCUUUCCAUCUCGUGCUCGAUUGGCCACCCUACACGUCCCCUUUUUGCGCGCCCGGAGCGCUCGUCAUUCCGCCGCCAUGGUCUCGCGAAAGCGCGCUCACUCCGAAAUGGAGGCUCAGCCGGCCAAGCAGCCCGAAGAACUGAGCUUGCUGCAACAGAUUCGGAACUGCUGGGAAUUCUCUUCACUGAUGCAGUACAUUUACUUCUUUGGAAAGGUCUUGAAGAUAGACGAGGACUUUGGAAUCGAGGAAUUGGAAAUGGAAUGUCUCAAGCCGGAACCCUCGGACAAGCUGAUGGAUAUUGGACUGUCGCUACUUAAAUUCGUGUCGUCGCACCGGGGAUUGUCGUUUGAGAAUUUCGACGAGUAUACGCGUCGCCAGUACAAUGCGAAAGGGGCCCAUCUUGUCAACCCCUUCGGUUACGAUGAAGAGCCGAAUAAAUUCAGAGACUUUGAUGUUUUUCUGAAGCUCAAGGUAUUACAUCAACUGUCCCUGUGGACGUUGUGGAACCCGGAUCGCAUCCGUGAGAAGAUGCCCGAGCAGAAGGAGUCGGAGCAGCUACAAUGGAGAAUUGAGGAAUUUGGAUGGGACAGUGAUGACCGCAUUUACUACGUCUUGGAUGAUAACCGUUUAUAUCGUCGCACUGACCCCGCCAUCCCUCCUCCGGCUCCUGCGAAACCCAAAGCAAAUUCUAAAAAGGCCAGAGCCGCCGCCAGAGCUGCCAAGCGAAGAAGAACUUCUGGUCCGGCUGAAGAGGAUGACGAGGACGUGACAGAAAAUGGACAUGGAUCCAGCGAAGAUCCUUCGGGCGGCUACAAGUGGGAAUGCGUUGCGGUUACCCUCAACGAAUACCAAGAAUUCAUCGAAAAAUUCCGAAAGACGAGAGAUCCUAAUGAGAAAUUGCUUAGGGACCGACUCACUGAGAUUGUUUUGCCAAUCCUCGAAAAGGCUGAAGAAGCCGAAGAACGCAAGCGCCAGAAACGAGAGAAGGAGUUAUUUAGCCUGCAACUUCUAGCUGGAGCCAAGAGGUCUAGUCGUAUUGCGGACAAACAAGAGAAGGAACGACGAGACAAAGAAGCUGUUGAGGCAACUCGCAAGCAUGAACUAGAUCUUGCGGCGGCUCGCAAGGAGCAGGAAACUCAACGCAAGUUCGAGAACGAGCGCCAACAUCGUAUAAUGACCCGUGAACGCCGAAUCAAGGACCGCGAGUCAAAACGCAUUCUACAAGAGGAAGAAAUGAAUCGACUACAAGAAGAACGGAUGAAACUCGAGUCCGGUGAAGGCAGGAUUUCAGAAAGGCAACUUAAAGCUGAAAUGGAGAAACGCCAAAGGCAAAUGGAGGAGCUCGCAGAGGAAGAUCAAUGGAUCUUUGACUGCGCUGGCUGCGGCGUUCAUGGAGAGAACAUCGAUGAUGGCUCCCACAGUGUCGCAUGUGAACGCUGCAACGUGUGGCAACACAGCAAAUGUCUGGGCGUCACCCAGGAGGAUGCUGAAAAGGAUGAUUUUCAUUUCAUUUGCACAGACUGCAAGCGUCGUGAAGAAGAAGCCAAACGGCCCAAGAUUCCGCCACUCAAAUUCCGUAUUGGCUCUGCAUCUCCUGCAAGCCAACCUCGUGCAAAGAAGGAAGAGGAGCAAAGCCCUUCAGCUUCCAGAGCUCCAUUAGCUGUUCCGUAUAUGCAACCGACCGCAACUACAGGUAUUCGACAGCCCACACUGCCACCACCUCUUCCGCCGGUCAAUGGUGCUGCUCAUCCGCCAUCGCCAGAACGUCGGCUCCCGCCCGUUACAAGACUCCCAUCAUUCGAUACAUUACCAAUACCCCCGUCUCCAUCCAAGACAUCAAUCGGUCCAGCCUCUUCUCCUUUGAGUCUCCCACCUCAACCCACAUUCAUUCAUCACCAGCCUCAGCCUCAGCAGUCAGUACAGAGGUCAUCGUCAGCACUGCAAGACAUCCUUUCUGGCAAUCCUUUAUCUUCUCACCGCCCCUCUUCUUCUCACUCCAUUCAAAGCCAGGCUCACCGUUCACCUAUUCAAACCCGACCAUCCAUGUCACCGACGCAAGGCAACCGUGAUGUUGGCCCAUUGGCAGGUUUUCCUCCAUCCACUCUAUCAAACGGGUCUGUCCCCUCCACUCCGUAUGGCCAACAUCGGCCGCCUCUUCCACAGGAUCGCGGACUUGCACCUAUUUCUUCAAGCUUUGAUCGACGCACGUCUUUCUCCGACUCAUUCACUCAUGCAUCUCCACCACCUCCUGGCUCUCAAAACCUAGCGCUAUCCGGUCUGAGCCCGACCAAAAACUCACCACGUCCCGUGACAGCUGGCAGCAUCGGUGGCGCCACCAUCUUACCGCCAAUCCACCGACUAGAGCCGAGUCCCAAACUGAUGGGACGGAGCUCCGCGGACGCACCGAUUCCGCCGCCAGUCAAGAUGAUGACUCCCGAGCAAGAGGAACGCCGGCAGAGGGAAAACCAGAUUGCUGCUGCAGCUGCAGCUAAUUCUAUUCCACCCCUGUCAUCUUGGAAUAUACAACCUGAGCAACCUCCACAAAUACACCGGAACCAUUAGUUGUAGCAAUAUCUGAGAAUUGCAGAUAUGUAAAGGACAGCCAUGCCGCCGUCCGUGAAUAAAUAUGCAGGAGUUCGUUACGGGGAAUUAGUUACUUUUUGCAAAAGUAUUCUGGUUAGGCGGUCUGCAUAAUACGUGUACGAUGGUUUCUUUUUUUCUCUUUUCCUUGUGUUUCUUGUUUUGUUAUUCUCAUAAG